AUGGACUUUAUUGUGGAAUUUCCACCUUUCAAAGGCAACACAGUCGUAUGGGUGAUUAGUUAUGGAGACCGAAAUCCAGUUUUAGAUGAUAAAACAUUAUUCCCAUCUUUCUUUCGGAUUGUACCUAAUGAUCAUUCUCAGUAUGAUGGCUUUGUACAGCUCCUCCAUUACUUUGGCUGGACAUGGGUCGGACUUGUUGCAUCGGAUGAGGAGCAUCAUUUGAGAACAAGUCAGGAGCUAAGGGCAGUGUUGCAUAAAAGUGGAAUAUGUAUUGCUUACUUUGAAGCACCAGAAUCCAUAUGCAGUGAGAGCUGCCCCCCAGGAUACAGAAAGGCCCCACAGAAGGGACAGCCUGCCUGCUGCUUUGACUGUAUCUUGUGCUCAGAAGGGGAGUUUAGCAAUGAAACAGAUUCCACAAGUUGUAUGAAAUGCCCUGAAGAUAUGUGGGCAAAGGAAAUGCAUGAUGGCUGCAGGAAUAAAACACUGGAGUUUCUGUCAUUUGAAGAGAUCUUAGGUGGCACUUUGGCUGCUCUUUCAAUUACAGGCUCUCUUCUUCCCCUGAGCAUCCUGUUUAUCUUCUUAAAGAAUGCUAAUACUCGAAUUGUGAAAGCGAAUAAUCGGAAUCUCAGUUACACCCUUUUGGUUUCCCUGUUCUUCUGUUUUCUCUGUGCUUUAAUGUUCAUUGGGCGUCCCAUUACUAUAACCUGUAUCCUCAGGCAAUUUAUAUUUGGGAUCAGUUUUGUGAUGUGCAUUUCAUGUGUGUUGGGAAAGACAAUGAUGGUGGUGAUCGCCUUCAACCUCACCCAGCCAAGGAGCAGCAGGAGAAUGUGGUUGAAUUCUCGAGUAACGAACACCCUGGUGCUUGUGUGCACAGCUAUACAAGUGAUUAUAUGUGCUGGGUGGCUUGCACACUCUCCCCCUUUUCAAUACACUGACAAUAAAUCUAAGAUGGGCACCAUUAUUGUGGAAUGUAACAAGGGAUCGCCAAUUGCUUAUUCAUGCACAAUGGGAUAUAUGGGGUUUUUAGCUUCUUUGUGCUUUGUAGUUGCUUAUUUGGCAAGAAAGUUGCCGGGCAGUUUCAAUGAGGCCAAACUGAUCACCUUUAGUAUGCUGAUAUUUGGAGCUGUUUGGAUCUCCUUCAUCCCAGCCUACCUCAGCACCACAGGGAAGUACAUGGUGGCAGUGGAAGUGUUUGCCAUCUUGUCUUCAAGCAGUGGAUUAGUGGCAUGUAUAUUUUUACCAAAGGCCUACAUUAUCAUUCUGAGACCAGAGAUGAAUAAUAUAGAAAUGAAAAGAACAUAACGAGCAGUCUUAAAUAUUAUACUGCAUUCUACUGUUACUUAUAUUGUCUAUUAGAAAUCAUUUUGUAUGAAUGAUCCAUUAUUUCAAAAUGUAAUAUCAA